AGACCUCGCGAUGCUCGCGCUCACGCUGUGGACUCUAGCGCUGCUGUGGAGCGCCGCGCGCGUCGACGCGAGGGGACCCGACGAGUUCUUCAGCGGGAGCGUUUACCGCGCGAGGUGCGCGUCGCGUUGCCUCAGCCUGCACAUCACGCGCAUUUCUGCCGCUUUCAAGCAUUUCCAGAGCAACGGAUCAUUGGUUUGGUGUCAGAAUCACAAGCAGUGCUCAAAGUGUCUGGAGCCUUGCAGGGCAUCAUGGGACCUGAAGGAGAACCAGUGUCAGGACUUGUGUGAGACUCAGUUCCCGAGAAAGCAUUACGAGUGUUUGACGAGCUGCGAGUUCCUGCGCUCCGCUCAGACGCUGAAGCCGGGGGACUGUCCUGCGGCGGAGCGCGCGAGUGGAUUCGCAGCGGCUUGCGUGGAGAGCUGCGAAGCAGACGCCGAGUGCACGGCGCUGAAGAGAUGCUGUCCGAACGGAUGCGGACACACCUGCCAGAUCCCCAAGAACCCCUAUAAAGGAUCUCCUCUGAAGCCGCGGAAGGAGCUGCUGUUUGUGGAGCAGCCGUCAACUUUCCUUGAUUAUUUAUACCCGUCUCCUCCUCCCGCUCCGUCUGGACUGAGAGCGACUCACAUCUUGACGGGACCCGGCAGCCUGCUGACGGUCCGGAUCAGCUGGACUCUUCCCGCGGAGCCCGACAUUCCCGUCCAUCUCUACAAGAUCUACUGGAGCUGGACGGUCCCGGGGAAAUCAGCCAUGCUGUCCCGGAGGAGGAGGAGGAAGACCAGCGAUGGGGCCAGAAGCUCGGUGGAUCUGGAAGGACUUCAGGCAAACAGCAGCUACAGUGUAGAGGUCCAGGCCGUCUCAUACUGGGGUCAGAUCCGACUAAAGAGCGCCAGAGCCUCCGUUCAGUUCAACACGCAACUCCACAACCAGACAAAGGCCGUAUCUAAGGCUCCUGAGCUGGGUUUGGUGUCGAUGAAGCGAGCCGCCGGCGCUCUGGAGGUCGGUACGCCGUAUUAUCAGGACAGACAGCUGCAGGUCCACAUCUACUGGAAGAAGAGAGGAGUCUUCCAGUCUAACACUGGUUCCAGAUCCUGCGAUUCUUUGAAUCGGUUCAAACUUUUUAAAUGA